AUGCGCUUACUGUUUUAUAGGAGGACCACUCGGAAGGCCUGCCAGCCGGACGCCCGCUUGUGGCUCCCGGGGGGCCUGAGCUCCGGAGCCGUACCAUCUCCAUCUGAAGGGGAGGGACGCGCGGCCGGGAAGCAUCCGAGCGAAAGGGCUCUGCCUCCCGCAGCCGGGGUGCGGGGCGGCCAGGGCUGGAGCGGGGCUCCCAGGCUGCACGGCGAAUUCCCCAGUUCAGCCCCGCCCGCGGCCCCCCGCGCGGGCGGACGGACCCGGGGGCGGUGCUGCCUUCUCCCCGCGCUCCCAGGGCCGGCGGGCGCUGACGGCCGGCGGGUCCGGGAGGCGGCGGCGGCGGAGGAGGAGCCGGGGAGGGGCCCGGAGAGGAGGGCGGCGCGGGGCGGACUCCUGCGCCCCCGCCCGGCUCUGCGGGCGCUGCUGGCGGCGGCCCCUGGCGGCCCGGCUGCGCGCUCGGCUCCGCCGCGGGAGGUGCUGCCGCGCGCCGCGCCGAGGCCGUGCGUGCGCCGCCAGCGGGUCUGCGUGCUCCUCGCGCGCUGCCGGCCGCCGACGGGCCGCCGGAGCCCUGCGCGUCCGCUGCCCGGCGGCGAGGGGCGCGCUCGCCCGCCCAGCCCGCCUCCCCUGCUCUGCAGCCCGCGCUCCUCGGGGAGAGGCGGGGGAGGCGUCCCCUCCGUGCCCCCCCCUUCCUUCCCGGCUGGGAUUUCCUCCCCCGGCACCUCACUGGCUCGCGGAGCGGGCGGCGAGCCCCGCACGGAGCAGAGGGAGGCUACGCGCGCCCCACCGCCCCGCGCCCGCGAACUGGAGCCCGGGGCCGAGGGGCGCCGCGGAAGCGGGAGCGGCUCGCGCACAGCCCGUCGGCCCGGAGAGCCCCCCGGCGGCGCGGCCGGCGCCUGUCCGCAGCGAGCCCACGGAGCACGGCGGCGGCCGAGGAUGGUGGCGGCUCCACGCGCCGGCUGCGGGGCAGCGCUGUGGCUGUGGGCGGCCAGCAGCCUCUGCAGAGCCUGGACGGCGCCCUCCGCGUCCCAAAAAUGUGAUGAACCGCUUGUGUCUGGACUCCCCCACGUAGCUUUCAGCAGCUCGUCUUCUAUGUCUGCAAGCUACUCUCCCGGCUACGCCAAGAUCAAUAAGAGAGGCGGUGCUGGGGGAUGGUCCCCAUCUGACAGUGACCAUUACCAAUGGCUUCAGGUUGACUUCGGCAAUCGGAAGCAGAUCAGUGCCGUUGCAACCCAAGGGAGGUACAGCAGCUCGGACUGGGUCACCCAGUACCGCAUGCUCUACAGCGACACUGGGAGGAAUUGGAAACCCUAUCAUCAAGACGGAAACAUCUGGGCAUUUCCUGGGAACAUCAACUCUGACAGUGUGGUUCGACACGACUUCCAGCACCCGGUGAUUGCCCGUCACGUGCGCAUCGUGCCUCUGGAUUGGAACGGAGAAGGCGGCAUCGGGCUCCGAAUUGAGGUCUAUGGCUGUUCUUACUGGGCCGAUGUUAUCAACUUUGAUGGCCAUGUUGUGUUACCAUAUAGAUUCAGAAACAAGAAGAUGAAAACACUGAAAGAUGUCAUUGCCUUGAAGUUUAAAACCUCUGAAAGUGAAGGGGUGAUCUUGCAUGGAGAAGGACAGCAAGGGGAUUACAUCACUUUGGAACUAAAAAAAGCCAAGCUGCUCUUCAGCUUAAACCUAGGAAGCAACCAGCUAGGCCCCAUUAACGGCCACACGUCCGUGAGGACGGGCAGCCUGCUGGAUGAUCACCACUGGCACUCCGUGGUCAUCGAGCGCCAGGGCCGGAGCAUCAACCUCACCCUGGACCGGGGCGUGCAGCACUUGCGCAGCAACGGGGAAUUCGACUACCUGGACUUGGACUAUGAGAUAACCUUUGGGGGCAUACCUUUCUCUGGUAAGCCAAGUUCCAGCAGUAGCAAGAAUUUCAAAGGCUGCAUGGAAAGCAUUAACUACAAUGGCAUCAACAUAACCGAUCUUGCAAGAAGGAAGAAACUGGAACCCUCAAAUGUGGGAAAUUUGAGUUUCUCGUGUGUGGAGCCCUACACAGUGCCUGUCUUUUUCAAUGCUACCAGUUACCUGGAGGUGCCUGGAAGGCUCAACCAGGACCUGCUUUCGAUCAGUUUCCAGUUCAGGACUUGGAACCCAAAUGGCCUCCUGCUCUUCAGUCACUUUGCGGACAAUUUGGGCAAUGUGGAGAUUGACCUCACUGAAAGCAAAGUUGGCGUUCACAUCAACAUCACGCAGACCAAGAUGAGCCAAACUGACAUUUCCUCAGGUUCUGGGUUGAAUGAUGGACAGUGGCAUGAGGUUCGUUUUCUCGCUAAGGAAAAUUUCGCUAUUCUCACCAUUGACGGCGAUGAGGCAUCAGCAGUUCGAACUAAUAGUCCACUUCAAGUUAAAACUGGCGAGAAGUACUUUUUUGGAGGUUUUCUGAACCAGAUGAAUAACUCAAGUCACUCUGUCCUUCAGCCUUCAUUCCAAGGAUGCAUGCAGCUCAUUCAAGUGGAUGAUCAACUUGUGAAUUUAUAUGAAGUGGCUCAGAGGAGACCAGGAAGUUUUGCAAAUGUCAGCAUUGACAUGUGUGCCAUCAUAGACAGAUGUGUGCCCAAUCACUGCGAGCAUGGUGGGAAGUGCUCACAGACGUGGGACAGCUUCAGAUGCACUUGUGAUGAGACGGGAUACAGUGGGGCCACCUGCCACAACUCCAUCUACGAGCCUUCCUGUGAAGCAUAUAAGCACCUAGGCCAGACAUCGAAUUACUAUUGGAUAGAUCCUGAUGGCAGUGGACCUCUGGGGCCUCUGAAAGUUUACUGCAACAUGACAGAGGACAAAGUGUGGACCAUAGUGUCUCACGACUUGCAGAUGCAGACGACGGUGGUGGGCUACAACCCAGAAAAAUACUCGGUGACACAGCUCAUUUACAGCGCCUCCAUGGACCAGAUCGGUGCCAUCACCAGCAGCGCCGAGUAUUGUGAGCAGUAUGUCUCCUAUUUCUGCAAGAUGUCCAGGCUGCUGAACACCCCAGAUGGAAACCCUUACACCUGGUGGGUUGGCAAAGCCAACGAGAAGCACUACUACUGGGGAGGCUCCGGGCCCGGGAUUCAGAAAUGCGCCUGUGGCAUCGAGCGCAACUGCACGGACCCCAAGUAUUACUGCAACUGCGACGCGGAUUACAAGCAGUGGAGGAAGGAUGCUGGCUUCUUAUCCUACAAAGAUCACCUGCCAGUAAGCCAGGUGGUGGUUGGAGAUACUGACCGGCAAGGCUCAGAAGCCAAACUGAGUGUGGGACCCCUGCGCUGCCAAGGAGACAGGAAUUACUGGAAUGCUGCCUCUUUCCCAAAUCCAUCAUCCUACCUGCAUUUUUCUACUUUCCAAGGGGAAACUAGUGCCGACAUCUCUUUCUACUUCAAAACAUUAAUCCCCCGGGGAGUGUUUCUGGAAAAUCUUGGGAACACAGAUUUCAUCAAAAUCGAGCUGAAAUCUGCCACAGAAGUGUCCUUUUCUUUUGAUGUUGGAAAUGGGCCAGUGGAGAUUUCGGUGAGGUCGCCCACCCCUCUCAAUGACGACCAGUGGCACCGGGUCACCGCAGAGAGGAACGUCAAGCAGGCCAGCUUACAGGUGGACCGACUGCCCCAGCGGAUCCGCCAGGCACCCACAGAAGGCCACACCCGCCUGGAGCUCUACAGCCAGCUGUUCGUUGGUGGUGCUGGAGGCCAGCAGGGCUUCCUGGGCUGCAUCCGCUCCCUAAGGAUGAAUGGGGUGACCCUGGACCUGGAGGAGAGGGCAAAGGUCACAUCCGGGUUCAAAUCCGGCUGCUCGGGCCACUGCACCAGCUACGGGACGAACUGCGAGAACGGAGGCAGAUGCAUAGAGAAAUACCAUGGUUACUCCUGUGAUUGCUCCAGCACAGCAUACGACGGGACGUUCUGCAGCAAAGAUGUCGGUGCAUUUUUUGAAGAGGGGAUGUGGCUGCGCUAUAACUUCCAGGCGUCAGGAGUCGGUGCCAGAGAAUCGGGCGGUAGGUCCGAGAAGUCCCCGGAGCAGCAGUCCGCGCCCCCGGACCUGGCCCGUGAGGAGGUUCACUUUAGCUUCAGCACCACCAAGGCGCCCUGCAUCCUCCUCUACAUCAGCUCUUUCACCACCGACUUCCUGGCAGUGCUCAUCAAACCCACCGGAAGCUUACAGAUUCGGUACAACCUGGGCGGCACCAGGGAGCCCUAUAAUAUUGAUGUAGAGCACAGGAACAUGGCCAAUGGACAACCCCACAAUGUUAACCUCACCCGGCACGAGAAGACGGUGAUCCUUAAGCUGGAUCACUACCCUUCUGUGAGUUACCGCCUGCCAAGUCCAUCCGACACGCUGUUCAAUUCGCCCAAGUCGCUCUUUCUGGGAAAAGUCAUAGAAACGGGGAAGAUUGACCAAGAGAUUCACAAAUACAACACCCCAGGAUUCACUGGGUGCCUCUCCAGGGUCCAGUUCAACCAGAUUGCCCCUCUCAAGGCAGCCUUGAGGCAAACGAACGUGUCCACUCGGGUCCACAUUCAAGGCGAGCUGGUGGAGUCCAACUGCGGGGCCUCCCCACUGACCCUCUCACCUAUGUCGUCCGCCACUGACCCCUGGCACUUAGAUCACUUGGAUUCAGCCAGUGCUGAUUUUCCAUAUAACCCAGGACAAGGCCAAGCUAUAAGAAAUGGAGUCAACAGAAACUCAGCUAUCAUCGGAGGGGUCAUCGCUGUGGUGAUCUUCACCAUCCUCUGCACCUUGGUCUUCCUCAUUCGGUACAUGUUCCGUCACAAGGGCACCUACCACACCAAUGAAGCAAAGGGGGCAGAAUCAGCCGAGAGUGCAGAUGCUGCCAUCAUGAACAACGACCCCAACUUCACAGAGACCAUUGACGAAAGCAAGAAGGAAUGGCUCAUUUGAAGGGUGGCUAUUUGGAUCUGGGAGAGGGAGGGCGCACUAUUAGGGAGGAGGGAACGGGACAAAAACACCCUACUUCAUACUCUUGAGCACAUCCUUAAAGUAUCAGCACAAGUUGGGGGAGGCAAGCAACGGAAAACUCUUGAGACUGAUUGCCACAAAAAAAAAUACUUUUUAAUAUUUCUUUAUAGCUGAAUUUCCCCUUCUGUAGCAAAACAAAAUAAUACAAAAAAUGCUUUUAGAGUCUAAGCAAUGGUUGAAAUUUGUAGGUAAUAUCUGUCUUAUUUUGUGUGUGUUUAGAGGUGUUCUAAAAACCCAUGGUAACAGGGCAAGUUUUCUACAUUUUUAAGCGCCCUUAGAAUGUGGAUAUUUUUUCUUGAGAAAAGCUGAUGCACAUACGGCCUCCAGCAUUCUCUUCCUUUUGCAUAUAGUCAACUUAAUGAGCUAUUGUAGUAACUAGUUCGUGUUCACAUAAUAUUUCUUUUGGUGUCCUGUAAAUUGGAAAAGGAAAGAAAGAAGCAAGGAGAGCCUAUUAUUUGUCAGUUUUCAAAGAGACCUGUGCCAGUUGUCUGAGCAUCCCCACCCGAAGCAGUAGAAGGGUGUCAGGCACUUGUGUAAUAAUGUAAUCAGCACAAAGGAGAGAAGCAUUAAGAACAGGGGAGGCCAUUUCAUAUUGGGAUUAUUGGCUUACUUUCCAUGAGAUUCUACAAAAUAAUACUGUUUCAUAUGUGUAGUUUAGACCUAUUCAAUAUCUGUAACUAUGAGCUACCACAAGGUGGUGACCAGCUGUUACAAAAGAUUUUUCCUCUGCUUUACCUACAAUAUAUUGGGUUGCAUUACAUGUGUGUGAACAGCUCACUGGGUCUAACUUUUAAACCCCUGCCACAAAAUCCUAGCAGACAGUGUCCUCUGAAUGGAUACGCACAACAAAGUCAAGUUACGAUCACUGUUAUUUUGCUAUUACUCUGGAAUCAUAUGGAAAACACUGCCAUGUUUAAAGUCACAUGCUCCAUGUAUCGCUCUGCCCGAAAUGGACACCUUACCGUGACUCAAGGAGCUUCUAUGACAGAUACACUUGACCUCCAGGCCCAUCACAAGUCCAGUAACUGAUUGUUGCUUCUCAGAGAAUUAGUCUAGUCAGUCACACCUCAGCUCAAUCUGGAACCUCAACCAACUUUUUCCAACAAAUAGCUCAUUGAUUUUAUUUAAAAAUAGUAGACUUUCUGUGUAAACAAAUGGGACAAGCAAAUGCUGGAGCAUCCAAAAAUUUCAUUCAUUCAUUUAUUUUUUUUUUCAAUUGCACAAAAGGUAUUUCUAGAAUGACUACCAUAUAUGAUCACUAUAGUUUGGGCUCUUAUACUUAAAUAUUCUUUAGACUCCAACAUUUUGAGAAAUUAAACAUGAUCACUUUUUACCCUCUCCUCCUGGAAAGGGUAAGAUGAGGCAUAGCGAUAUUAAUGCUAUUUUUCUGAUAGCCUGACUCAAUAAAAUGAGAACUGUCAUUUGUUGAGAUUAUACAUACAUACUUUUCAAGAUUCUCGGUAUGCCUAACUUAUUGAAGGAUUUCAAUUUCUUGGAUAAUGGAAAUAUUAUCUAGAGUCACCAAUGGCACAUUACACCAGUACAUGACACGUUCCAAAGACGACUCUCGCCAGUUAAUUCCCAUUCGAGUCAAGGUAACAGACAUAAGGGAAUCCUCAUGCCUUUUCACAGUAGGUGACCUCAGGCAUUGUCAUGAACAGCUUUUAAGGUGUUGGUCCUUCCAUAAAAUACAUUUAAUAUGAAAAGUAUUUAAUGUGACUAAACAUCAGAGCAAUGUUAACAUUUUCUAAUGACAUUGAAAAGGAAGGCCAAGAUGUUACCAAGAUGACUACAAUUAAGAGUUCUUUUACAUAUUGCCAAAUUGAAAACACCAACUUCAAACAUAAUGUUUAGAAAUGUUUCUGACUUUCUAAAACCUAUUAUACAGGUACUACUUUUGCACUGAACAAAUAAUGCCGGAUGAAAAUGUAUCAUUACUUGCAUUUCCUAUCCUUUAUUCUUGAUGCAUUGUCUCAGCAACUUCCCUUUUUUUCCCAAAAUGAUUGGGGAAUUAAAACCAUCAGACAGAGCCCCUGAGGCUAAAUUGUUCUCACCCUUUCAUGUCUCUCUCUUCUUUCCUCUUUCCUGCCACAAAAGGUGAAAAAUCAAACCCAGCACUUCUCUCACCAGAUGUUCAUGUUCAAAUCUGGGACAGUGGAGUUACAGCACGAAUCAGCGGGUCUCACGCAUCACCAUCAGAUUAGACACACAGAGGUGUGGCAGUCUCUGCCCUGCAGGGGUCACAGCCUGGCCAGCAGACCGGACACCAAAAGGUGGAUUACGUAUUAAAUAACUAAGCUAAGUGCCAAAUUAGUGCUGGAAAUCUUGGCUUCUCCUUGGAAAAUUGUGGUCUUCACCAAAGUCCCUACAUCUUGUUCAUUCAGUAUAGUCUAAAUGGUAAAUCAUUUGUUUAGGUAAAGAAAAGUAAGCACCUCUUUUUUCCAGCUCCCUCUCUUGAGAGCUUAGGGCAACUCUGCCUUGAUAGCCAAGGCCGUGUGACCCACACUCAGCGCCUAAUCUUGCUUCGUGGAUCAUGUCCUGCAAAGCCCAAACAUCUUACAUCCCAAUACAUUAUCAAUCAAGCGCAAGAAUGAUAGUCUCUUUAAAUCAUAAGAACAGACAAGGCAAGAGUGAAACAUUUUUAGAAAACAGAGGCUGUUUUAAAGUUUCGGGAAAAGCCGGUGGCUGAUUAAGGGUUCUUUGCACAGGAAAUAUCCUCUGUGUAUAAAGUAAGCAGCUAUGUUGUAAGAAGCUAGGAGUGGUAACUUUGAAUGGAUGCAAAAUCAGUGCCACCCCAAACUCUCAAAAUAACAUCCCCUAGAGCUUAAGAAAGCAAGCUCAGGAGGUAAGCAGUUACAUUUUGUUAAGUUCUUCUCCAGCCCUUCCUAAUAUAUAAGGCUAUAUUUACCCUUGUGACUUUCCACUAAGUGCUCAAAAAAGAGCUUGUUAUGCGAAAGGUUUAAUUGAGCUAGAAACAAGUGCGGCUUCUGUUGGAAAAUUUCCUGUUGCCUGCAUUGGAUAAAUAAGCAUCCUUCACUAACAGGAACAGGAAUUCAGAAACACAGGAAAAAGAAGUGGCAUAAGCCAAAGAGUAGACCCGAAUGUCUCUGAACAGAUUCUGCACAGCAGUCACCAGAUGCCCUCUGGGCAGAGACACAGCCACAGAAAGCACCCGAGGAUAAAGCAGGCAACCUGGCAUGAAAAUGUAGUGUCAGUGUCACCUAGAGAGCAGCUUUUCUCUCUGUAACAGGUCUGCUCUUUUCUGACCUUCCACCUAUUCUUUUUAUCCCCCUCCUUUCUCUCCUGGUGUCGUUUUAAUAGUCUGUUUCCAUCUCACGCCUCCAAACAAUUAGCACCUGAUUUCAACCUCUUACUAUUUUUUCCCCUUUCACUAUCCUGUCAAGCAGCUUUCAAAAAGAAAGGCAGUCAUUAUUAAAUUGAAUUCCAGUUAGCCAGCCAAAAAUAGGUCCUAAAUUGCUGGUCCCAGCAGAACCAUCUGAUCCUAAAAUAAAUAAGAAACAAACAGCAUGUCUAGCUGAUUCGGCCUAAAAACUAAUGGGUGCCAUUUUUUAAAGAAUGUUUUACCUAGAGUGGACCCAAGAAUCGGCUAAGAGAGUCCUAACCCUUGCCCUCUCCUAGGGACUGGCUAUAUGACCUUGGUCCAGUCUCUGAACCUCUGUCCCUCUUCGCCCCGUAUUUAAGAUAGCUGUUUUACACACUUCGUAAGACAGUUGUGAGGUGCCAUUGAUUCUUGACUGCAGAAUAUUUUGAAACCCAAAUAUAAAGGCAAAGUCAGUGGAGCCUCUUGGAAGACUCACUCUCCGGCUUGUGGUUAUAAGUCACAUCAGAAGAACCAAUGAGGCCAUGUCCAGGAAGGUGGAGGCUCACGGGGCAUUGCUGUACCCCUGCCAAGUUAUUAAUCAGGUAGAUGGCCAGGGCGCUGACCUGUUAACGCUGGGAGAUGGAAUGCAGCCGAAGGCGAGAGAAACAGAACUUCAUCUGCAUUAAGCCCUCAACUCCUGCCUGGGUGUGACUUACAACUCACCCAGACCCCGGUGUGACUCACUGGCUUAUAAAUAAGACAACACGAAACACAAAUGUGACUUUUUUCACACAGCCUGGUGGCUCCAUGCCUACACUACACAUACCCUGCCUGACAAUCUUGGAAACUUUAGAGUAGAUUUCUUUCACAGCAGUAUCUUUUUGGAUAUAAAUAGUAGGUAAAACUCACUGUCAGUGAAAUAAGGAAACCGUGUUAAAAGGCUGGUUUUCUCCCUUGGAGCAAAGACCGGCAGAAGGUAAGAUACCCGAGCACACAGCUAUUAACAACAUCCAGCAUGCAUUCACAAGUUGAUUUUCCAGAUGAAAACAUGCUUUAAGAAGAGGCCUACUUAGACGGUCUAUACCACUUCCAAGUCUCAGUUUAUUUACAGCAACUCUGGAUUCUGAGAUGGCUGUGAAAACAUGGAGAUUCCUCUCAAGCAGGCCAAGAAACCGUUCUAAGUGUUACUGAUUCUAAGUUUUGUUUUGUUGGGUUUUAAUUUUUCCAGUGAGCAUGGUGACUGCAGAGUUUUGAGUUGUGAACAGCUGAGCUAAAUAUUUUUUUUCUGUAAAAUCGGUUAGGAUUCCAUCCCUGUGAUAUAACACAGAAGCUCACACUCUAAAAGCAACAGCAUGUAAAUUAGAAUGAAAGAAGGAAACUAUGUAUGUAUGCCUAAUAUUCUUUGUGAAUGUCUUUCAUUUAACUAAAAUUAUAUUAGAAACCAGAUUGAUAAAUAAAAAAUCCAAAAUAGUUUUAAUUAUCCUAAAA